AACCUCAUUUCCCAUGAUCCGCCUCCAUCCUUAACGGCUUGGAAAGUUCUUUUCGGGAAGUCUUUUCAGAUGCAUUCUUUGUAAAGCAGGAGAAAAAAGCGGGGCCUCGUGUUUGCUCCAUGAUUCGCGUUGCGUUCCCAAGCGAAGGCAGGGAAAGACGCGGGUUGAGCUUCUACCUCCUCUGGCUUUUUGAGACUUUUCCUUAGCAUGGAUCUAUGGGCUCGGAUAGGCAUGGUCGGCGCUCUGUCUUGUUACGCGCACCGCAAGAAGAGCGUCCUGGCCCAAGCGGCAGAGAGCGGCGGCAACUCCGGCCGGCCAGAGCUGAAAUUGGUGCAAGUUCUCUUUCGGCACGGCGCUCGCACGCCCCUCCGGCCAAUCCCGGGCGUCGAGCAGGUAGACUGGGAUCCUAGUCUUCUGGAGAUCCCUGCUCAAACAAAGUUUCCCUACAUAGUAACUAAUCUCACUGGUGGACCAAGACCGUUUUCUCCUUAUGAAGAGAAUUACAAAAAAACAGUGCUGAAGGGAGGUGUAAUUGCGGGACAGUUGACCAAAGUUGGCAUGCAGCAAAUGUUCACCCUGGGGGAACGGCUAAGGAAACGUUAUAUUGAGGAUACCAAUUUCCUGUCAUCAUCCUACAAAUCUUCUGAGAUCUUAGUCCGGUCCACUAAUAUUGAUCGGAAUCUAGAAUCCACACGAUGUUUGUUAGCUGGGCUGUUUCAACAACAAAAAGAAGGAGCUGUUACCAUUGUCACAGAUAAUGCAGAAUCUGAAAUCCUUUAUCCCAAUCCAGGGAAUUGCCAACAACUUAAACGUAUGCAUAGAGAUGGAAUGGCUAGUGUGAAUUUGCAGCAAGGCCUCUUUGAAGAUCUGAAAAAUAUUAAACAAAAGUUGGGCAUUAGUAAUGAGCAAAAAAUAGACUUCAUUCUUCUCCUUGACAACAUUUUUGCAGAACAGGCACAUGACCUACCAAGUUACCCUGCUUUGAAGAAUUCUGUGCAACUAAUUGAGCAGAGAGCUGUUGACUCAUUCUUUUAUAUUACAAAAAACAAUUCAAGGGAGAUUCUUCAGAUGUCUGUUGGUCCUCUCCUGAAUGCCAUAGAGGACAACAUUAAGAAGGCAAUAGAGCCUCCUUCUUCUGAGAUUAAGACCAGGAAGCUCAUCCUCUAUGCUGUUCAUGAUGUUACACUCUUCCCGUUGCUGGUGGCGAUGGGAGUCUUCAAUUCAAAGUGGCCUCCAUAUGCAGCAGAUGUGACUCUGGAACUCUAUCAGCAUUCCAGGGAUUGGUUUAUACGAUUGAUCUAUAAUGGAGAGGAGCUGAUUCCCAGAGGAUGUAAAGAUGGCUUGUGUCCACUAGAAGAUUUUUUAAAUGCUCUUUCAGUAUAUAGCACAAAGCCACUGGUGUAUAAAAUGAUUUGUUCCCAAACAGAAGAGGCAGUUUUACAACACAAUUGAUCUGGAAAGCACGUUACUCUUUCUAAAUAUUGUAAAAAUAAUGUAAUAAUCACUGUUAUAAUUUAGUAGUUGAAAAAGCAAGAAAAAGCUUGUUAUAAUGAUGAAAAUGAAUCAUGGUUUUACAUUUUGGAAAUGAGCAUUUGCAGUAGAACGUAAAUUAUUUUAGACAGGGUAUACAUUACUAACUGCAGAUAUUAAUGUCAAAGAGCAAUUAGAAUAUCAUUCUUCAUAAUAUAUUCCUUCAGUAAUAUAUUUAAGUUUCUUUUUAUACUUAAAGAACAUGGCCUGCUUUUUAAAGUUUGAAUCUCUUACUAAACAUUUUAACUUGAGAUGAUAGUCAUCUUUGUAUAAAAAAUUUUGAAGUUAAGGUAUAAUCACAGAACUAAUUUUUCCUACAUAUUUUUAAUUAAUAUUAAUUUAAAUGAAGAACCUGCCUAAAAGUAUAGCUCUUAGAAACUACUUGCAUUAUGGAUAAUAAACUUUUUCUUUUAACAGUCACGUUGUCCUUAUUAUAUCAGUCAAUAAAAACUAAGGUUAAAAAAUAAUUUCUCAUUUGAAACCUAAAAUGCAAGAGCUCAUUAGAUAUUGUAUCCUAGAGGAAAUGGUUAAACAAAUUAGCUGUAUCAUUGAGCCAGAAAAUGUUUGUGUAUGUUUACUGUUUUUAAGAACGCAGACAAUGUUGAUUGCUGAAGUAGUGAAAUCAAUGGACAUUCCAUGUGGCUCUUAACUGUUAAUAGUAUUUGUGUUUACUAAUAAGUAUUUACUAUAGUAAUAGUAUUUGUAUCUGAUUGUGCAAAUCAAAUAGUUUAAUGUUAUGGGUUAUAGCAAAGCAGGCUACCUAAAUUCACUAUCUAUAGAUACCUUUUUAGUUGCCAAACCUUAAUUCCAAGCCUGCUCCACAGCUGAAUAGGGAAAGAAUUCACAUUUGACCUGCAGAUCUGCAUGGAUAGUUAAGAUGGUGGAAUGGUAAAUAAUAUUUUUGUGUAGAUUGGUCAUACCCACUAUUUCCAUGCAAUUCAUUAUAUCUUUCGCUUUGGUCAAGUUAGCCUAGGACUGUAAAUAUUGUUCCAGUCCUGGCUAAAUGUAUCGAAGUUAAAUGUGAGUUAGGCAAUAAACACAUGGCACAGGGUGACUUAAUAAAGAUUCCUCUGCAAGGAAAAAAAAGAAUAAUCACUGUGAAUAUUUAACCUGACAUCUGUCAGCAAGCAGUAGUAAUAAAUCUAGGUGAUUUAUUAAUAGCUACUCCAAAUGUACAAAAUACAUAUUUUUGGAGAAAACAGGUCAUUUACCAGGUAUUUAUUAAUAUCCUGCCUUUAUCAUUUUUAUAAAUAACUCAAGGCAGCAAAUACUUCUUCCGCUUUCUACUUUCCCAACAGUAAUCCUGUGAGGCAGGCUGGGCUGAGAUAUUCCCCAGCCAGCUUUCAGGCCUAAGGCAGGACUAGCAGUCAGUCUCCUCCUUUUUAGCUUCACUAAAGGAAACUGUCCCAUCUCCAUCCAAGGCCGUCUCCAGAUGCAUACGUUUUAGUUUCCAGAAUCCCUCAACCCACAUGGCAAUCGGUGAGAUUUCUUAAAAGAAGUCUGUACAUCUGGCAGACCAGAAUGUGGGAAGUCUGCUCAUGUUUAGGAAGGUUACACUAACAGCGAUAUGCAUACCAUUCAAAAUACAAUUGCCUGCAAGUUUAGGCAGCUCUAAUCAAUAUUUCAGUGAAUAUUAAGUGAACAGCUGAAUCUUUCUGCAAACUUGAAUGCAUUACAAUUUAUAUUUAGUUUAUAGAUUCAAAAUAAAAGUAAUGCAUACAGAAGUAUGUAUUACUUUAAUGCAUAAAUCUGGGCAUCUCAUUCAGCCUUUGUAACACUUCUUUGGCUAAAUUAUCAAAUGUUAGCUGUAGUGAUCUAGGAAACGCGCUAUUGCUUUUGAGAUUUUUCCCCACUCUAUCUUACCUAAGUCUUGUAGCUCAGAAAUAACUCUUCCCAGAGAUACUCAGUAUUGUUUGGGAACUGUGAAAUCCAUUCAAAAAACUUAGUAUAUUUCAUUGUUAAUUUUGAGGCAUAUUUUCUUGCUGAAAUACCCAGCCUCUCUUUAGUUUCUUUUGUCCACUUGACUAUAGGACAUUAGCUCAGAGUUGAAAUGAAGGGUCCUUGAUGCUCUUUGAGCUUGGUUGCUUUCUUAACUGACAUUUCAUUACCCAGAUUAGAUAACAUCAUCAGUGCUAGUAAGGAGUAGGGCUUGCUUUCAAUUUAUAUUUCAGUGGCUUGCCACUCUUACCAAUACUGACAGGCAUAUAUUUCAAACAGUUAGAGGAGUCCAAACUUCUUGAAAGAACACCACAAUCUGAGAGGUUUGCCAAGAAGGGUGUUUGUUCACCAGUUGACUCGCUUUUCUUAGACGAAUUAGAAUCAGUUGGAAGGGUUCUUCAAGAUCUUCUAAUCCACCCUGCUGCCCAGAGCAGCAUUAUCAAACCAUUAUUAGACAAAUAAUUGUACAACUUUUGCUUAAAAACCUCCAGCUCAAGGAGGCAAAGUAAUUCUUAUGUCAGAAAAUUAUACCUUACUGCGAGUUUGGAUUUCUGUAAGGAUUCUUGUCCUAUCCUUGGGCACUAUGGUAAAUGAAUCCACACCUCUUCCCUAUGACAGUCUUUCAAAGACUGCUGCUUCUUAGCUUUCUUUUUUAGACUAAACAUUCCCAGUUCCUUUAAUAGGAUUUAGAGUUCAAGUCCCUAUUUGGUUUCACACCACCGUUGUUUCUUUGCAGUUCUCCUAGUUCCUUAGCACACUUCCUGCAUUGUAGCAACCAAAAUUAAACAUAUCACUCUGGUGUAAUCUAACCAGUACAGCAUAAAAUGAAAUUGUCAUUUCCUGUGAUCAUGACAUUAUACAUUUGUAAAUGCAACGAUCUGAUAUGCUUUAUCAGAAUAGCAGAUUUAAUAAAGAUUGUCACAAGAUUUAAUAAGUAGAUACUACUAUCGAAUUAGGUAGCAUCUAUCUUGUAUCCGGGUUUUUUUUCCUACUUAAGUGCAGAAUUGUAACAAUUUCCAUCGUUGUUCAAUUCCCAUUGCAUAUUAUAGGAUAGAGCCCAUUAUUCAAAUCAAGUUCCUUCUAAAUUUAGAGUCUGCCAUCUGAGGUAACCUGUGUCAUCAAAAAUUUUAAUACAUGUUUCUUCAUGUAAGUCAUUUAUAAAAAUCAUAAAGGGCCCUGUAUCCAGGAUAUAUAUUUUCCCUUCCAUGUUAAGGACCAUGCACUGUAUUUAAUUUGUACCAAGCAGAAAUUGCUCUGUCAGUUUGUUUGCUUAGGCAAGCUUAGAAAUUGUUUGUUUGCUUAGGAAUUCACUGGAAACUUCAAUGAAUUGUUUUUGCAUGCCAUGGUAGCUCUUCAAGAACCUUUUGAGGGCACAAUAUUGUUUCUUUUACUUUGCAUGGUAAGGUAGUCUAUAGUUUAAGAUGAAAUAUGUAUUUUAGAUAAAUCCUUACUCAAUAUUCUAGAAGUACAAAAAUUAUACAAGGCAAAUUUGUAAAUGAGUGAAAAUACAAGGUAGCUAUAGAUUGUGGCAGAAUAUUAUGAAACUCAUUCUAUUUUUUUUGUAAGAAACAAUAUAUUUUAUUUUUCUGACACCACAGCCCUGGCAAGUGGUUUUGUACCAAAUUUAAUGGAGGUUACACAG